AUGGAGGUCGUUUGCCCCAUAGAUGCUCAAUUCUCUGAGCAAAUCGCCGUUCUACUCGAACCACCUUCACCCCUUCAACUGCAGGAGUAUUUCGAUGAACUUAUAACAAGUAAACAAUGUAAUGGGAUUCAAGUCAAACCAACCAAUGACUAUGGAAAAGGCGUUUAUGCUGACAUGGAGUUUGAAGAAGACGACCUUAUUUUGAAAGAUCAAAUGCUUUUCGGUGUGCAACAUUCCUCAAAUAAGAUUGAUUGUCUUGUCUGUAGUUUCUGCUUCCAAUUUAUUGGGUCAAUAGAACUCCAAAUUGGGAGGAAGCUUUAUCUUCAGGGUUUAGGGAGCCCAAAAGAUUGUUCUGAUUUAGCAUCCAAAGAUCAGUUAGAGUUUCAACAUUGCUCUUCUACCACAUCCAGAAAUAGAUUUCAGCUUCCUACUGAGAGUGUAGAGUCAUUAAUGCAUGAGAAAUUAGCAUUGCCAUAUUCAAAGAAAUUUCCAUUGCCUUCUGUUAUCAAUUGCCUUGGGGGAUGUAGAGACGCUUACUACUGUAGCAAAUCUUGUGCACAUGCUGAUUGGGAUUUAUGUCAUUCUAUACUUUGUACUGGAGAUGGGUCAAAAUCGUUGUCCAAAAAGGCACUUUCAAGAUUUAUAGAACAUGCUAAUGAGACAAAUGACAUUUUUCUUCUUGCUGCCAAGGCAAUUUCUUCUACAAUCUUAAAGUACAGGAAGUUAAAAGCAGCACACAAUAAAGAGAAAGAGAAGAAUCACAUUGCUGAAGUUUUAGGCAACCACAAUUUUUCUCUUCUUUUAAAUGCUUGGAAGCCUUUAUCAAUGGGAUACAAGAGAAGGUGGUGGGACUGUAUUGCAUUGCCUGAUGAUGUUGAUACUUGCGACGAAGCUGCUUUUAGAAUGCAAAUAAGACAGCUGGCAUUUGAGUCACUGGAGCUUUUAAAGGAAGCAAUUAUCGACGAGGAAUGUUUGCCAUUGUUCUCCCUAGAAAUCUUUGGGCAUAUUAUUGGCAUGUUUGAGCUGAAUAACCUUGAUUUGGUUGUAGCAUCUCCAGUGGAGGAUUACUUUUUGUACAUAGAUGAUCUACCCGAACCCAAAAAGAAAGAAGUUGAUGAAAUUACACAGCCUUUUCUUGAUGCUCUUGGGGAGGACUAUUCUGUUUGUUGCCAAGGCACAGCAUUUUUCCCACUGCAAAGCUGUAUGAACCAUUCGUGUUGUCCCACUGCUAAAGCUUUUAAACGUGAUGAGGACAGAGAUGGCCAAGCAACCAUACUAGCAUCUACACCUAUUAAAAAAGGAGAAGAGAUUACCAUAUCAUACAUAGAUGAAGACCUUCCUUUUGAAGAGAGACAGGCAUUGCUUGCAGACUACGGGUUUAGAUGCAAAUGCAACAAAUGUAUUCAAGAACAGCCAUAAUAAUUCUUCCCUUUUUGUAUUAAUAUAUACUUUUUUUUUAUAUUAUUUAGGAUCUACCGAUUUUGGACUUAUACUUAAUUAUUUUGUGUCGAUAAUCAACUUUUAUGAAUUUGUGUAACUAUGUUUACUUUUUUUUUUUUUACUAAUCUAUGCAACUGUCAUC